UUGGUGCUAGAGGUUCAGCCCUCUCCUGGAGGCAGACGUUGUCAUGGAAACGAAAGCAAAGCGUCGUUUACAUUAAAACAGGCACAGACGACAGGACCCGUACAGGAGAUGUGCCAUACAUGUAUCACAACAAAAAAGACUCAAUACGAGGCAGCGGUUUGUCGGGAGUCAAGUUCUGUAUAUGGUUGUGUAACAUUAGCUAGGAAAUGCCUAUCAAGGUCAAGAUGACAUCUUCAAGAAAAGCCGGGUCGAGUAUAAUCUAUUCACCUCAAUACAGAGACUGUUUUACAGAAAGCAUUGCCAUUGAAGAACCGGCAUGUACAUCCAGAAGGCAUUUGAAAGAACAAUCAGCAUCAAUGUAUGAAACUAGAAGAUUGCCUUAUCUAAGAAACAGUGCCUCUGCCUGUAUUGCGAAAAGAAAGGAUACUACAGCUUGGCUUUCACACAAUUCUUUCACACAUAUUCAGGCCAAUGCGGAUGUCGAAAGUUGUGAAGCAAAUGCAAUGGCUCAGACUAUACUGGACACAGAAAACGGAUUUGUAAAGGAGCUGGAUAAUUAUCUGAAAUACAAGGAAAUGCGGGAGCGAUGGAAGAAAGAGCUUCUUUGCAAGAAAUGGACUGAAUGCGUGUCAGGACCAGUUCAGCAUACAAUUGAAAAACACAUUAAAAACCAUUGCUAUGAAAAAGCAAAGGAAGGGAGACGCAUGUUUUUACAAUAUCUGGAUUGCUGUAAUAAAAAGGGUUAUGUGUUUUUGGAAGAUUAUGAUCCACGUGAAUACAACCCUUUUUUACUGCACUUGAGCAAACCACAUUAUUUCAAGUUUCUAACUCCUGCUCUAAACGAUCCUCUUCUGAAGCAAAGCUAUGAAAGGAUGCAAGAAGAAAGACUCAUCCUGCUGUGUCAGACAGGAAAAGUUUACUCUGACAAAGAAAUGGAGGCAUUGCACACACCAAAUUUGCCUCUAAUACCCAAAGGUCGUCACGGGGUUGACAGUAUUAAAUGGCUGCUAAUGCCACUUGGGGAUAUUGAAAGUGAUGUUCGACGCAAAAUCAGGAAAAAAUCUGCAAGAAAAGUAAAUUCCAAGGAAGAAUGACUACUGUUUAACCUACAGCAUUCUGCCUGUAUUCAGGAAUUAGAAUCCACACCAAUCAGCUUGCCUGAGUGUACAGCCACCUGCUUUCUGUACCCUUCCAUCAAUAACGUCACUUGUACUUCUUUAGUGCCUUUGAUCUGUUCUGUUUUACAAUAAUCAGUAGUCCCAGUUGUAUGCAUGAUCAGUUUAGUGAUCACAUUAAAACUAAUAGUGUUAAAUUAUGAGCAGUUCACCAGUUUAUUUUCAUUUUUUUAAGUUUUAUUAUUGAAUGAAAGAGUGUUGUACAUUAACCUGGACAGGUUGCAUUUUAGAUUUUAAAAAAUAUAUAAUUGAGUAAUUUAAAUCUAUUUUUGACUGUUUCUUACAGUGUGUCAUUGACAAACUGUUGAAAUAUUUAGCAUAUUAAAAUAAUGUUUAGCAGUAAACUUAAUACCUGCCGCAAGAUUACUCAUUUAACUUGUUUGUUUUAUGAAAAUCUAAGUAAUUUGAAACAUUGAUUCAGAAGGGUUUAUUCGUUUUUUUUGUUUUUUGUGUUUGUUUUGUUAUUUUCAAUGGAUGCAAGUACAUGUUGUAUAGAAUGGAAAUAAAACUAUAAAAAGUAUCAAUUUGUAAUAUUUAAGCAUUAAAAUGUGGUUAAUUAUUUUUUAUUCUUUUUUUUUUUUUUUUUACUAUUGGUGCUAACAAGAC